AUGCACCUAUUGUUUCCUACCCAAAAAAAGAAUUCUAUGGAUAAUUUGUGUUUCUACGUGUUUGGUGUAAUCACCUUCUUUAAUAUGGAGAUGUUGUUUAUUGCAUCGCAGGAUAUUCUCAGCGGCCGGAAUCUUCCCACAGCUACGAUAUUAGUCUGUUACGUAACACCCUUGAUGAUCACGAAAAUUUUCGCGCCGUGGUUUGUUCAAAGGAUUUCAUACUUAGUAAAAGUUUCUUUCAUCGCUCUUUGGAUGAUGCUUGGAAUGGCUCUGAUCGUUUUCGUGGAAGAUAUUAGAGUUAAACUUGUGGGAAUCACUUUAAAUGCGAUGGCGGCUGGCAUGUCUGAAGUAAUAUUCCUUGCUUUGACUUCGUUUUAUACUCAGACUGCCAUUAGCUCGUUCCUUGCUGGCACUGGUUCGGCUUCUCUGAUCUCUCAACUCUAUUACACAAGUAAGUAAAACAUUCUCAGUCUUUGUUUACAGCAGCAAAGAUUUUUAGGAACUCAUCAUACAGUACUUUUGAAAAUUAAGGGACCGAUCAUUUUUUACCGCUGUGAAAAGAGGGGUUGAGGAUUUUGGGGAUAUCAUAUAGUUUUUAUGGGGAACGGAGUGGGGCUCAGUCGUGACCAACAGAGUAUUAAGAAAGGACUGCAGAAAAUUGACAGCCACUUAACUGCAAAUGAAGGGGGUAUCAUAUUUCAGAGCAGGUAUACAAUAUCGUGACACAAACAAAAUCCUCCGAUUCUCUCCCCUCCACAUUAAAAGUAUCAGGAAAGAAAAAAAAACUCUUCUAGUUUUUGAGUUGAUACCUACACCAAUAUUUCAAACUUGACUUCGAGCCCGUAUACGUUAUUUUAACGUACGUGAUUUUCGAGAAACUGGUACCAGGAUCGCAAACUAAUUCAAUUUAAAACCUUUUAAACCCUAAUCUUCCCGGCUUCCAGCAAACAAACGUUCGGUCACGAGGGGAAUAAAGAGAAACAAAGGAAAUCUUGCCCCAGUCCGGGCCGAGUCUCUUCUUUAUUUCUGUCACCUCCACGCUCCUUCCUUAUAGAACCUUUCCUCUCCCCGUUCAAUUAAUCAACCAAAAGCUGGAACAGUCUGCCGUUGUCCAAGGGAAUCGUAUUUGUUUACCACGUGAAUUACUGCUGCGCGCAGUAGAAAUAACCAUGAUUCAAAAGAAAAGAAUAAAAAAAAAAACAUAUCAACCCUUUCACUCCCAAGACCUCGUUACUAAUUCUCCUAAAUGACCGCCAUACAAUCGUAAUGAUUUUAGUUCUGAGGAUUUGUUAUUGGAGGAACUAAUAAUCCCCUAAUUGAUAUUUCUCUUUGUUCUCAUCACUGGUCUGCUUGAUAUUGAAUGGAUAUUAUGAGAAGAAAUUCUGUCUUCGUCACUUAUUUCCUUCAGGUGUUACAACGUGGAGUUGUGCGGAGUCUCCUAAGACCGCCAUAAUGAUAGUGAUCCCGUUGCCCUUGUCAAUCUUAGUGUCUUACGCAAUGCUGGACAAGGGAGACAUCUCGAACGGAGAAGGCCUGGGUACCAAGGUGGUGAAAAAAGCAAAAUACACUGCAGUCUCCAUGGAUGAAGUCUUGAUUCCUUCCCAAAGACUAUCUUAUGGCGAAAAAUUUAGGAUUGGUCGAAAAAUCCUUUGUUUCAUCAUUCCUCUAUUUUUUAGUUUUUUUGCAGAGUAUCUGGCUAAUUCCUCUGUGAUUACUACGAUUGCCUUUCCUAAUUCUCAAGUUCUUCCGCGAGAUCACUUCCUAUAUUACUCGCUUUCGUAUUGCACUGGCAAGUUUCUGGGUAGGAGCUAUUUGCUUUUAUUCGCUUGGCUAUCAAAAGACCUCACGGAGUUUUUAUUCUGUGACAGAACGUGGAUUUUCGCCGUAUUGGAAAUAGCACAACUGAUUUUCUUCUUGUUCCAAUCAUGGUACCAUUUUGUCUCGUUUAUUUGGAUAAUAGUCUGUCUUUGUUUUACUCUCGGUUUAGUUUCCGGCAUGAUUUAUUUGCACUCGCCUCAUGCCGUCGCGCGGCACGUUGAGCCCGAGGAGAAAGAGUUUGCCCUGGGACUGAUAACAGUUGGUAACUCUGUGGGUGCAUUUUUUGGUGGAUUGGUGGGGUUGAUUGUGGAAUCAUAUCUCGUGGAGAAUUGCGUUGCGCAGUUCUCAAACAGCAAAGAGUUCUGUUUCACCAGGCAUAAGAAUACUUCCGGUUGGGAAAGUAAUAUUCACUGUUCCCAGUUAAAACGUUAG